GUAAGGGGCAGAGAGGGACUGAUUUCUGUAUGAUUUCUGCUUCUCAGUUGGAGAAACUUGUAGAUAUGUUAUCGCCCCAGUAUCGCCCCAGUUUCGCCCCAGUAUCGCCCCAGUAUCGCCCCAGUAUUGCUCCAGUAUCAGGAGAGAGGAUGGAAUUCCCCUACAGAGGGAGAAUCACAGUGCAGUUGUUUCCCAGUAUAAAGUCACUGCCAGUCCCUCCCAGUAAGGGAAAGUGAAACUAAACUGUCAGUGGGCAAAGAGCAGAGGCACCGAGUGGAACCAGCCCGUCCCUUCCCUUAUGGCUGGUUGGGGGUUUCUCCUGUUCCUUGUACUGCCGGCAGCAGGUUCCAUUUUAGAUAUUUCUGCCCCUUCUCCCAAACGUGUUCUCCUUGGAAAUGAAGCUCAACUCAGAUGCACCUUCUCAUUGGCCAAACCUCCCAUAAACCCACUGUUCCUCGCUGUCUUCUGGUACUUCCAGGAUAUGGAAAUCCUUAGAUAUGAUAACAAAGGGUUGUCCCUCAGCCCCAGGGUGGCAUUCAGUAAAGAGGCAGCAAAUAAUGGGGAUGUCUCCGUGUCUCUGGCCAAUGUGUCCAUCUCUGAUGGGGGGAUCUACAGGUGCCUGGUGAUAUACAGCCCGGAAAAGAUGGAGAAGGAGGUUCUGUUGGAGAUCUUUGCUCCCCCAGUGAUCCGUAUCCCCAAUAAAGUUAUUCAGAAGAAUAAGGAGAACACUCUGACUUGUACGGCCAGUGGUUUCUACCCCGUGGAUAUCAGAAUCAUUUGGUUUAGAGACAAUGAAGAACUCACUAACUCUGAGUUGGACAAACCAGAGAGGAACCCAGACGGCACAUACAGAGUGAGGGGCACCGUGACGUUACCCCCAAUGGAUGGGCAGUUGGACCAUAACUUCUCCUGCAGAGUCCAACAUCUCUCUCUCCAGCAGCCUCUCCAGGAAGAUGCCCAGUUGGAGUAUAAAGAGGGAAAUUCCAGCUCCGUGACUGUGGCCGGGGGCAUUGCCCUGGGGGUGAUACUAGUUGGGCUGGUGAUUGGCCUCGUCAUAUGGAAGCAGAGAAGGAAAGCUCUGUUACAGGGUUACACGGUGAGUGAGAUUAAUGGGCCAGAGAAGCUGUUGGAUGGAGAAGAGGCCACUCUGUACUGUACAGCCACUAACUGCCCCCAGGGGAACCCACAGGUCACAUGGAGUGAGGAGAGGGCAGGAAAGCAGCGGGAGAUACCCCAGUGCCACCCGGGGGGCCCAGGGGAAGCAGAACGGCUGUUGGGGGGCUCCUACUUCAUCACCUGUAGGAAAGAGGGGCUGCAAACCCACUGCUCCUCCCUGAGAUUUGUACCCCGUGUGGGGCAACACAGAGAUGUGACCCUGAUCUGCAGGUUUGUCUGCGCUGGGGCAACUACGGAGAGGCGAUUCCCCUGUGCCACCAUCUAUGCCAAACCAGCGCCGGUAUCAGUGGUACCAACUCUGUGUGACUCUGGGGAGAUCCUGUACUCUCUCACCCUGCGGGGAUUCUACCCCAGAGAUAUCUCCAUCACAUGGACCUGUGGGGCAGGAGAUUCCCAGGGCAGAAUAUUAUCCACAGAACUAUAUGAGGGGAAUCCGGAUCCCACAUUCAGUGUGUGCAGUGAGGCCAGAAUUAGUGGGGAUCAGUAUAAAGAUCCGGCAUUCCGAGUGGGUGUGGCCUGGGAACAUGGAUCCUUGGAUGCACCGGGAUACAGAGAGAUCUCUGCACAAGAUCCAGAAUUCCCAUGGAAACCAGCAGUGGAGCCAAUACAGGAGGCUAAGUUUCUCCAUAACAGCCCCACCACCCUGCGGUGCAAUAUCUCGGGGUAUUUCCCAGAUGCCCUGACAGUGACGUGGCUGCGGAAAGGGGCACAAAGUGAGGAACUAACAGAAGUGCCCAAUACUCACCCAUAUAUACGGCCCCACAAACAGCCAGAUAGCACCUACAGCUGCACCCCCAGUCUGAUCAUUUACCCCUCACUGAGAGAGCAGGGGGCAGAAUAUACCUGCAGGGUGGCACAUCCCAGUCUGGGGGAACCCAUAGACACGAGCACUGGGAGGAUCAAUGUCAUGGCUAAACCCGUGUGUCGGGAUCCGGUACAAAUGGAUCUUCUCAGUAACAGCAGAGUUCAGUUCUCCCUCACCCUACGGAGCUUCUACCCCCGAGAUAUUCACAUCAACUGGAACCUUGGGGAGACACGAUAUACUCAGCCCCCCACAGACACAGUCACCCAAUCAGAUCCACUCACGUAUGAUAUCACCAGUGUCUGUAUCUUCCCUGGGCAUCUGUUCUGUAAUCCCGAAUAUAAAGCCCAUGUGACCUGGAACCAUGUGACUAUGGAAGCCCCUGAGUCCCGGGAACUGUGUGUAACAGAUUUCCCCUGGCGCCCACAGGUAGGAGAGAUCCAGGUUCCUACACUGGGGAAGAAGAAAGUGGCACUGAGCUGUAGGGUCUCUGGGUACUUCCCUGAUGCCCUGACUGUCAACUGGUUCAGGAAGGGGAAAGGAGACCAAUCUGAGGUCCCACUGCCGGCCCAUUCCAGUGGCUUAUGGUUGUUUGGCUUUUUAAAGGGGAAAGGUGACCAAUCAGAGGUUGCAUUGACUGCCAAAGUGGGUAAUUCAUCCAACUGGUAUACAAAGCAAAAAGGAGACCAAUCAGAGGCUGCCCUGCCUGCCCAGUGUGAUGGACCAGUGAUUACUGAUAUACGUAACAAGGGUAAAGGAGACCGGGUAGAACUUGCCGUGCCUGCCCAUUCUGAUGGGUCACAGAUCACAGACACAAGUAAGAAGGAGGAGAAAGGAGACCAAUCAGAGGCCUCAGUGAGCACCAAACGCUAUAAAGUCUCAGAACCCAAACCCCAGAAGCAGGAGAAUCAGACAUGUGAAACAGAAUUAUCCUUCUCCCCAGAGCAGAAGACUGACCAAGGGGCUGAAUUCAUCUGCAGAGUGGGGCACCCCAGCCUGGGGCAGUUAGUAGAGAGAAGGGUCGGCCCAUUAGUGAUCCCUGAAUAAUCCCCAUUCCUGCCCCAUAACUCCCCCAAUGUAUUUGUCAUAUAUUUAUAUACAUGAGCGCAGAAAGUCUACAGUCAUUAAGCAUCACUAUCCAAGCCCGCAUGUAUAACACACCUCUGGGAAAAUAUGAACCCCCCCAACCCACCAACUAUGGCUGGGCCAAAUGCAGAAAUACACAGACUGCAUGCAAUACUUACUGUAUAUACCAAAAGAACAACCCCUGAGAGGUUGGACAAGUUAUGGGGCUCUUGGCCAACCCCCUAAGGUACCAACCCACAGAUGCUACAGCCUAGCACUGAAUAAGCUCUCUACAAUAAAGACAAGUUUUAGUGGACCAAGGAGUGCGACAAUUUCUCUUCAAACCACUGAAUAAGCGCCAUCUAGCCGCCCUACCCACUGUAUCUCCAUGGCAAACCCUACACCCCUUUACUUGUCCAUUAUAUUGUUAAUUAUUGGCUCUUGUUAUUUAUUUCAUUUUAUUUUUAUAUCUGGAUUUUGUAAAUAAACUGCUCCAGCUGACAGUUAUAUAUAUACAAGUACAAUGCCAACCCUACGCACUCUUGAAGUAAUUUUUUUUUUUUAAAUGUUGAUGUGUAACAGAUGUACAUGCAAUAUAUGAUAUUGAUCAAUAAAGGUUAUGAUGU